AUGCUAAGCAAGACCCUAAGCAAGACUACUCAGGGAGCUGAACUUCAGGAGCUGAUCCAGAUGGCAGAAUCUGCAGUUGAUGAGGGAGCUGACACGAAUGCUGAUGGCAGGAACCAGGAGCACCUUGAUGCGAUUGACCAGAGUCGCCAACCAUAUCUUCUUGCAGUCGGGACCAGGAAUAGCGGCAUCCAUGCUUACUUCAUCAUCCUGGACAAGCGAGCCUUGCCGUGCAAGUCAACGAGCGCUCUUGGUGCCUUCGAUGAGCUUUUCAAGACUCACUUCGUUUUUGUUAUCGGCUUUGGAAUAGAUCCCGAUUACCAGAUAGAUAUCAUCAAUGAACUUGACUUCGCAAAUGCAAUUUAUGGAAUUACCCAAGUGGCAGGGCUUCACAACAAUAGCAAAGCCUUCUUAUUUCGAGAUGUGGGGAGAGCAGUCCAUAUGCCCGCCCACAUCACAGAGAAGGUGGUGGAGCUCUUCAGGAGUAAAAGUGAAUUUACCUUCCUGGCCUCCAUCCAGCAGAAGUCCUCCACGUCAGGAGUCAUCUUCUCCAUCCAUGAAUCUGAACACAGUUACUUUGAGCUGGAGAGCAGUGGGCUGAGGGAAGAGAUCCGCUACCACUACCGCUACAAGGGCAAGCCUCGCUCAGAGUCCUUCCCCUACCGACUAGCCGAUGGCCAGUGGCACAAGAUAGCCCUCUCCAUCAGCGCUACACACCUAUUGCUGCAUGUCGACUGCAACAGGAUUUAUGAGCGAGUGAUAGACCCACCUCAGAUGGAUCUGACCCUGGGCAGUGGAGUGUGGCUGGGUCAGCAUAGCCACAAGCACGGCCUCUUCAAGGGUACCAUUCAGGAUGUCAAAUUCAUUUUUGCUCCAAACGGCUACAUCACACAAUGUCCCAACCUCAAUCGCACCUGUCCGACAUGCAGUGAUUUCCUGAGCCUGGUGCAAGGCAUCAUGGACCUUCAGGAGCUGCUGGCCAAGAUGACCCUAAAGCUGAACUACGCAGAGUCCAGGCUGACCCAGCUGGAGGCCUGCCGCUGUGAGAGGACGUGCAGUGCCAACGGUGUGGUCUACAGAGACAAGGAGCUAUGGGUGGAGCCAGAGAACUGCAGGAACUGCGGCUGCAUGAACGGAGUAGUGGAGUGUCGCAGGAUAUUCUGUCUCCCCGCCAACUGCUCAGAGGACUCUCUCUCCGUGCAUGUGGAGGGCACCUGCUGCAAGAAAUGCCGACCAAAAUGCACCUACAUGGCCCAGACUUUGUCAGAGGGCCAGCGUGUGCUAACGAAGAGGUGCACAGAAUGCAAGAACGGGAUGAUGGUGAGAGUGACAGAGAACUGUCCAGAGCUCAACUGCACCCUCAAGGAACAGAUCCUACCUGACAACAGGUGCUGUAACAUCUGCAAAGGCUACGACUUCUGCUCAGAGGGACUCAUUUGUGGGGAAAAUUCGGAGUGUAAAAACCGGAAUACCAGAGCGGAGUGUGAGUGCAAGAGCGGCUUUGCCUCCAUCCAUGGGGACUCCACAUACUGUGAAGAUAUCGAUGAGUGUGCCACCCAGAUGCACUACUGCCAGGCUAACACGGCGUGUGUGAACCUACCCGGCAGCCAUCGCUGUGAAUGUCUACCUGGCUUCAUCAGAGUGGAUGACUAUUCCUGCACAGAACAUGACGAGUGUGCCAGUGGGCAGAGCUCCUGUGAUGACAAUGCCAUCUGCACCAACACCAUCAGAGGCCACCUGUGCUCCUGUAAGCCUGGCUACGUGGGGAACGGCUCCAUCUGCACAGCAUUCUGUGAGGAGGGGUGUAGGAGCGGAGGUACCUGUGUGUCGCCCAACACCUGCGUCUGCCCCUCGGGCUUUACGGGACUCCACUGUGAGACAGACAUUGACGAGUGUGCGGAGGUCCUGAUCCAGUGCCACAUUCACUCCCGCUGUGUCAAUCUGCCGGGCUGGUACCACUGUGAGUGCAGGAACGGUUUCCAUGACAAUGGCUCCUACCUGAUCGACGGGAGUUCCUGCAUCGACAUUGACGAGUGUGCCACGCAGACACACACCUGCUGGAACGACAGUGUGUGUGUGAACCUUCCAGGUGGUUUUGACUGUAUGUGCACAUCUGGACCGGCCUGCAGUGGAGACUGUCUUUACGAGGAGGGCCUCAAACACAACGGACAGGAGUGGAACCACAGACUGGACCGCUGCUCCCUCUGCUCCUGCAAGGAUGGGCGCACCUUCUGCAGGAGGAGAGAGUGUCAUUGUGCGGACCCCGAGGCAGACCUGUUCUGCUGUCCUGAGUGUGACUCCAGAAAGUCCAGCCAAUGUCUGCACCAGAGUGGACACAUACUGUACCGCAGCAGAGACUCCUGGAUCUACAGCUGCCAGCAGUGCCGCUGCCUGGAUGGAAAGGUGGACUGCUGGCCCCUGGCGUGUCCAGUGUUGGCGUGCAAAUACUCUGCCUUGGUGGAGGGCGAAUGUUGCCCGCACUGCGUCACUGACCCCUGCCUGGCAGACAAUAUUGCCAACGACAUCAGGCAGACCUGCCAGGACCCCGCGGGCAUCACCCGCCUCAGCAGUGCCACGUGGCCCAUGCCAGGGUCACCCUGCACCACCUGCAAGUGCAAGAAUGGAAGUGUGUGUUGCUCGGUGGAGCUGGACUGCCUUCAGAACAACUAA